CACACUUCCACCGAGUAACAGCGCGCACCCGAGAACUUCACUUUUGUUGUGGACACUUUGACAAUGAAAACUUUUUGAGAACAGCAGUAAACUUACUCGAAAAAUUGGACCAGAAGACACCCUAUGACAUUUGUUCUACUCUGGAGCGCCGCUUUCACUUUUGUUGGAAAUUAAAAGUUUUGUCCAAUGAGACGGGCGACAUUUUUCUGUCAGGAAGUUUGACUUUUUCGGACGAAACUUUUCACAUUGUUUUGACUGGAGAAAGACCUGAUCGGAGAGAACUACUAUAUUUGCUAGUGUUUUUGAAGCCUAAGUCAACUCGCUUAUCGUUAACAACUGCUUAAUAUAAUAGUUAUCGUACUAAUCAGUGUUUUUUGUUGAUGAAUUUUACAUCUAAAGUUCCUAUUUUUGAAUCGCUUCUAGUUUGCUUCAAAUAUUUUUACUCAAAGUUUUUAUCGGGCUAAUUUUGUUAGAAACAUUUUGCAAUCUGGCUUUGGAUGUGUGUAAUUUGAUGCACUGUUAAAUUGUCGCGUUUUUGCUUAUUUAGCAGAGUAUAAAUUACCCAAAUAUGACAGCAGAACCGAAGAAAAUGUGCACACUUAGCAGGAAGAGAGGCUGUUAAAAAUCACGGAAAUGUGCGGCGAAGUAGCGGUACAGAUGGAGUUCGUAGAGGCUAUACCGUUGUUAUUAAUGCUGAUUUGAACUUUUUGUCCAGUUUUUAUCAUGUUUUCGCAAAUGUUUUUGAGUUUUCUUCGGCCAAAGAUGUUAUUCUUUUAGCAGCGACAUGUAGCUUCAUCGCGGGACUACAGGCUGCUCUUGGGACGUGACUUUUUAGUGUCCUUUGCUCCGAGUUUACAGUAAAGACAGACUCGAUGGUCGGAGGAUUGGAGCACGGGCACGCGCACGGACCGGUGUGUCUGUGCGCGUGACAGGUGUACCGAUGGACGUGAGACUGUGCGUGACCUGCGCAGCUACACAAGCGACCGACGUCAAGGUGAGGGACAGGGCCGCUGGCAUCACAGAGACACAUUUUUGGAAAGCUGUGCGAUAGACCACCAAGUCCACAAGCAACGGCGCCAUGAAUGAGAGGCAGGCGCUUCACUCCAUCAUGAAGGACCUGGUGGCUCUGCAGAUGACUCGUCGACAGCCCAUUAUGUCCUAUGAUGUUGGAAAACCAAAGCCCCCUGCUCCCUCUGCUCCAGUCAACAGACAGGACGACGUGAGGAUAAAGUUUGAGUUUUCCGGUGAGAGGAGAAUUCUCAUGUUCGGGAGGCCAGUGGAGUUUGAGGAAGUCCUGCAGAAAGUUAAGAACGUGUUUGGUCAGCAACUGGAACUACACUAUAUGAACAAUGAGUUGUCAAUCCCUCUCAGAAGUCAAGACGACCUGGACAAAGCCGUAGACUUGCUGGACCGGAGCUCCAACAUGAAAAGCAUUCGUAUUUUGCUCCUGACGCCAGAGAACUCCAACUCUGUGUCCUACUCACAUCCAGUGCCCUGUAAACAGGUGAGGAUCAGUGCCUCACAGUCAACUGGAGACAGCACCAUGUACCAGCCUCCAGAGUCCAGGGGGCGCCAGCACUCAACCGGAUCCCAGAGCACAGGCCGCAGUUCCCCGCCUCCUGGUUAUGUACCCGAACGGCAACAGAGAAUCGCUCGCCAAGGCUCCUACACCUCCAUCAACAGUGAAGGAGAGUUCAUCCCCGAGACCAGCGACCAAUGUGUGAUGGAUCCUUGGAGCAGUGCCGAAAACUCUGUCUCUGGAAGUUGUCAGUCUUUGGACAGCAGCUCAGACAGCCCGUCAUUGAGGAAAUCCAGAAUGCACCGGGCCAAGAGCUAUCCCGACAACAGACUGGAAUGCUCAGACCGGGAGAAUCAUGUGUAUGACAGAAUUGUGGGUAAAGGAGGCACAUAUCCACGGAGGUACCAUGUUUCUGUUCAUCAUAAAGACCACAGUGAAGGUCGGCGGACAUUUCCUCGAAUACGGCGUCCACAGGGAAACCUCUUCACCCUGGUGCCGUCGCGGAGGUCGCUCAAUGGUAGCGAGGAGAGUUUAGGCAGCUGGCAGCUAGUGGACCCUCAGGGCAGGCUCCGCCCACAAGAACGAACGGUUAACCAUAAAUCUCCCAGUGCUCCGGUGACCUGGCGCAGAGGGAAGCUCUUGGGUCAGGGCGCGUUUGGACAGGUCUAUCUGUGCUACGAUGUAGACACUGGACGAGAACUGGCCGCUAAACAGGUCCAGUUUGACCCCGACAGUCCAGAAACAAGCAAGGAAGUCAGUGCUCUGGAGUGUGAAAUCCAGUUGCUGAAAAACCUACAUCAUGAUCGCAUAGUGCAGUAUUACGGCUGUUUGAGGGACCACUGUGAGAAGACCCUCACUAUUUUUAUGGAGUACAUGCCUGGAGGAUCAGUGAAAGACCAGCUGAAGGCUUAUGGAGCUCUGACUGAAAAUGUGACUCGGAAAUACACCAGACAAAUCCUGGAGGGCAUGUCCUAUCUCCAUAGCAACAUGAUUGUGCACAGAGACAUCAAAGGUGCCAACAUCCUGCGUGAUUCCGUGGGUAAUGUGAAGCUGGGGGACUUUGGAGCCAGUAAGAGGCUUCAGACCAUUUGUAUGUCGGGCACUGGGAUCCGCUCUGUGACUGGUACCCCCUACUGGAUGAGCCCGGAAGUGAUCAGCGGAGAGGGCUAUGGCAGAAAGGCAGAUGUCUGGAGUCUUGGCUGCACGGUGGUGGAGAUGUUGACCGAGAAGCCUCCCUGGGCUGAAUAUGAAGCCAUGGCAGCCAUUUUCAAGAUUGCUACUCAGCCCACCAAGCCGCUGCUGCCUCUGCACUGCUCUGAACAGGCCCGGGACUUUAUCCACUACAUUUUUGUGGAGGCCAAGCUGAGGCCCAGUGCGGAGGAGCUGCUCAGACACCCUUUCUCCCACAUACUGUGCUGAAAGCUGCCGGUGUUAUGAACUCCAAACACAGCAGCAGUAUCAGUUGUAGCUGCCAUGAAAUCCAAACAGAGCCAGACGUCAGUGUUAUCCGCGGUCUGUCUGCUUCUCGAGACACUGCAGAGAUGUUUUUGUUGACAGCAGGAGUCAACAAUCGACUUCUACAAAUGUACUUCCGAAUGUCACCACCAGAGGGAAACGCAAGCUCACUGUUGUUUGGUGUUGUGAAAUACAGGACCACAUAAUUUGUGCAAAGCUAAAGCAGUUAAAAUCCAGAAUUUUCACUCAUGAUGCAUUUCAGAGCUCUAUACGUGUUUUUCAAAAUACAUUCUUAGAUUAGAAGCACCACCAUUAGAGCUUCAUUAAAAAAGUAAAGAUCCCCUGUGAAUUGUAUAAUAUGCCAUUUCUCACAUUGGUUUGUGGUUGAGCUGUAGAAUUGUCCUUUGUGGAUUGGAUUGUGAUUAAUUAGAGAAAGUUUGAAAGACACUGUACUGCUAGUCCUUUCAGAAUGAGAAGGUAUCAGUUACAACAAGGCAUUUAAGUAAGUUGACCAGUGGAAACUAGGGUUAGUCAAAAAGGAAGUAUCAGUAGGUUAAGUAUUAAUUAUUAAGUUGGGAAGAGAGUUGAGUGGUCUUGGAUGUAAUGUAGUGUAUCUCCACCCAGAAUGUAAGCUUUCAGAUUGUGAUGCUAAGUGCCCCUCAGAGCAUUGAGAUGCUGUCACUACCAGCUCAAGUGACUUCAGUUGUAUUUGUCUCUGUUUGAAUGGUGAGCAUACAGUAUGUUCAUACAGUCACUACAGUUAUAGUAAAUAGCUUAAGGUGGGGUUUUCCGUAUUUUCCAUCUCAUUCAAAUUUUCAGUAUUGGUCAUAUAAAAAGCCCUGACUGUGCAGUAAUAGGACCUCAAAAGGGCUCUAGUUUUGUUGCAGAGGCCAAUGAGUUAAUUUAAAAUGAAUGCUGUUUUGUUUUGUUCUUGUUUUUGUUUUUUUUUAAUAAGAGGGCCACUGAAAAUCAGAUGCACUUUCAUAUUCAUUUUUCAAAUGUGAACAAUGUUCUUUUUAUUUAUGUACCGCUAAUUACUCCUCUUCAAGCAAAGCAAAAUAUAUAUUUUUAUAUGCAAACAAUCUAGUAAUACUUGCAGUGUUGUUAGAUUUAAAUGUGUUAAAGCAACUGGUUUUGCAGACAAUACAUAAUAUCAUAUAAAAUCUUGAAUGCUUGGCAUAUGGAUCCUGGCUGGCCUGGCUAUUAUCCAUUUCAAAAUAAUGAGUAUUCUCCUGUAAGUAAUUUAUAACAAAGCAUGUUUAUUUGACCAAUUAUAUAAACUGGACAGGAGCCAAGGACAGCUAAGAGUCAAUUGACCAAGUGAAAAGACGACUUUGGUUUUCCUAAGGUUUACUCAUUUUCAUCAUUUCAUUUUGCUAUGAAAACUUUGGGAAAAGCAAAUGAAAAAGAAUAGUUGACUAGUAUAAUCUAUGACAGGACUUGCAGUGCAAUGUUGAAUAUAUCAAAAUAGUGUUACAUAAAGAAAAGCUUGUGGCUACUACUACAGUUUAAUAUGAAAGCUAUUUUAGAGACUUUUUCUCCCAAGCCAA